AUUUCCCCCCUCUUUUCUUUCCUUUCUUCCUCAGUCAGCUAAGCUUUUACUGUGGCUCUCUCUCUCUCCCUCCCCCAUUUCUUUUUUUUCUUCUUCUUCCUUUCUUUCCUUUUUGUUUCCGUGUUUUUUUUCGUCUUCCUCACUCGGAACCCUAACCCAAAAAACAAUCAUCACCACCAGAGGAGAAGGAAGCAGCAACACACGCGAGCAAGAAAUUUUCUCAGGAAACAAACACCACCAACUCGUUCCCCGCGAUUCUGCUUCUUCUACUGGUUCAAUCUCGAUUUCUGGGUCUUAGCUGGGUCAAAAAUGCAGCACCAGCAGCAAAGGCUGAAGCAGCAGCAGCAGGCUUUGAUGCACCAAGCUCUCCUCCAGCAGCAGCAGUCUCUUUACCAUCCGGGCCUCCUCGCUCCGCCUCAGAUUGAACCGAUUCCGAGUGGAAAUCUGCCUCCUGGUUUUGAUCCAAGCACAUGCCGCAGUGUGUACGUGGGGAACAUCCAUACUCAGGUGACUGAACCACUUCUCCAAGAGGUGUUUGCCAGUACUGGCCCCGUCGAGGGUUGCAAGCUUAUACGAAAGGAAAAGCAGUCCUCCUAUGGUUUUAUUCACUACUUUGAUCGCCGAUCAGCUGCUAUUGCAAUAGUAUCUCUCAAUGGGAGACACUUAUUUGGCCAACCUAUUAAAGUUAACUGGGCCUAUGCUAGUGGUCAGAGGGAAGAUACCUCAAGCCACUUUAACAUUUUUGUUGGAGAUUUGAGUCCGGAGGUUACUGAUGCAACACUGUUUGCAUGCUUUUCCGUUUUCCCCAGUUGCUCUGACGCAAGAGUUAUGUGGGAUCAGAAGACUGGGCGUUCUAGAGGGUUCGGCUUUGUUUCUUUCCGUAAUCAACAGGAUGCCCAAAGUGCAAUAAAUGAUCUAACAGGAAAGUGGCUUGGUAGUAGGCAGAUAAGGUGCAACUGGGCGACAAAAGGUGCUGGAUCCAAUGAUGACAAGCAAAGCUCAGAUGCCAAGAGUGUUGUUGAAUUAACUAAUGGCUCAUCAGAAGAUGGAAAAGAGCCAAUUAACAGCGAUGCUCCUGAGAAUAAUCCCCAGUACACAACUGUCUAUGUUGGUAACCUUGCUCCAGAGGCUACCCAGCUCGAUCUCCAUCGCCACUUCCACUCUCUUGGUGCUGGGGUCAUCGAGGAAGUUCGUGUUCAGCGUGACAAGGGAUUCGGUUUCGUAAGGUACAGUACUCAUGCUGAGGCUGCUCUUGCCAUUCAGAUGGGGAACACACAAUCCCUUCUCUGCGGGAAGCCGAUAAAGUGCUCUUGGGGAAGCAAACCGACUCCACCUGGGACCAGUUCAAAUCCACUCCCACCUCCAGCCGCAGUUCCAAUGCCUGGCCUCACUGCAACUGAUCUAUUGGCAUAUGAACGCCAGCUAGCCAUGAGCAAGAUGGGCGGCGUUCACGCUUUGAUGCACCCACAUGGUCAGCAUCAUCCUCUCAAACAAGCAGGCAUGGGGAUGAGCGCUGGAGCAAGCCAGGCUAUUUAUGAUGGCGGUUUCCAGAGCGUUGCUGCUGCCCAGCAACUUAUGUAUUAUCAGUAAUAAUUUGCUCUUUCUACUCUUUCUGAGGCUUCGUGAGGAUUAAUGGGAAUAGAUAUUUUAGGAGAGCCUUUUCUUCUGUCUCUGGUGUGGUGAAAUGAGUGUUCACCCGCAAGAUAUAUAUAUGAUGAUCACUCGAGUGUGCAAUCUGUAUUGGGGAGAUGUAAUGCCAUCUGUAAUGUCUUUCUUUGCGGUGUUAUAACUUUUGGUCAUGGUCACUAUUACACUGUUGUAGGGAUGAGGGAGUUCAUGAUGUCAGUAAGGGGAGGGGAGUUCGGUGUUUUUUUUAGCAGUUUAGUAGUUCUACUGUACGAUGAUGCUCUCGUGAUUUGCUUUUACAGCAAUUUGUCUCUUGUUCAGAUGUUAUCUAAAGUACUGAAAGGCUUCAUGCCAUCCUUUUCCGCUUCCUUCCAAUAAAUUAGUGUUGACACUUGACUUUUUAUAUAAUUUCAA